AUGAAUAUAGGUACUCAACAGUCUCCUGAGAAACCGGAAGAAAACAUUACAGAAGAAGAUGGGUUGUUGGAAGUCGAGUUAGAAAUCAAAGAAACAAAGAAAACGGAGAAGGAUGUUGUGAUAAUUCCUAUAAAGGAGAAAGAAAAAGUUGUCAAGCCAAUCAUUAAACUUCCUUAUGCUCUGAGACAAAAGAAGAAAGGCCAACAUAAGAAGAAUUUUGAGAAGUUUUUGGAAAUGUCUAAGAAACUUGAGAUAAAAAUUCCAUUUUCUAAAGCUUUGGAGCAGAUGCCAAUAUAUGCCAAAUUCAUGAAAGACAUCAUCUCCAAAAAGAGCUCCACAAAUAUAGACCCAAUCAUCCUCACUGAAACUUGUUGUGUUAUUCUCCAAGGUAUGAAAAUUCCUGUGAAAGAGAAAGAUAGAGGUUAUGUUACUAUUCCUUGCACCAUUGGUGAUAGAAAAUUCAAGAAGGCUCUGAUUGAUUUAGGAACUAGUGUGAGUUUGAUAUCGUUGUCCAUUUAUAAAAAAUUGGAACUUGGCACCGUUCAAGACACUAUGAUGACUCUUCAGUUUGCUGAUCGCUCAGUUAAGCGACCUUAUGGAAUUAUGGAAGAUGUUCUGGUAAAGAUAGAUAAAUUUGUGUUUCUAGUUGACUUUGUCAUUCUUGAGAUGCCUGAAUAUGAGGAGAUCCCUCUCAUAUUGGGAAGCCUUUUUUUUAGAAAUGAUGAAGAAUUGAAAAUUGAUGCUCGAAACAUUAUGCAAUACAAAUAUGAUGUUGGCACGAGUCACACUGUAGGGGUAAUAGAUCAAGUGAUUGCUCAAGGAAUUGAAAUGAAAACACCCCAGUUACCUUUAGAACGUGUUUUGAGUUUGUCAAUUUUUGGAAGUGAUGAAAAUGAAAGAGAGUCAUAA